ACUGGAGAGUCAUUGACAAGGUUUUUUUCUGCUACCUCAUAUCUCCAAUUUUUUUUUACAGGUUAGCGAGGUGUUUAGUUGAAGUUAAUGUUUUUUUAGGUUAGGGAUUUAUGUGAUGAUAAUGAUGAGCAGCCCACCCGGGGUUGGGGGUUAUGUGACACAAGGUAUUCUUCUGGUUUUUGGAAACACUGGAACGUAUGUCUAUUGGCUUUUGUGUGUUUUAAUCCCUGGGGUCGUGUGAAAUGCUUUGGUCAACAUAUUUCUGUUCCUAUUUACCUUCAGAAUUUCCAGCUGUGCGAUGUGAUGGCAUUACUGGUUCCCAAUGUGUUGGCUCUUCUACUCAUUCCAGCUGUGCUCCCUCUGGCUCCACCCCUUCACGUGAAGAUGGACUCCUGCAACAUGGGAGCCAUAUUGCAGUGGGAUGCCCCCGCUCGUCCGCACAGCAGCCUGACAUACACUGCCAAGUUCAAGAUGCUUGGGAAAAAUACAACUGAACACAUUGUGUGUCAGAGCAUUAAGGAGCACCAGUGUGAUUUUGGUCAGCUUCCCAGUUACCAUGGUCACUAUACGUGCAGUGUGAGAACUGAACAAGGAGGAACAAUGUCCAAAUGGGAAGACCUUGAAUUCACAAUUGACCGCAUGACUAUCAUUGGUCCCCCGUCAGUGACUUUGAAGUCCAAAGGUGGGGCGAUAGAGGUGAACAUCCAGGACCCAGUUCUGAAGAUCUCAUCGUUGAGAGAAGUGUACACGAAAGUGAGCUACCACAUCAGAUACUGGAGCAAGGAGCAUCCUGAAGAUGGCCAGAAUACACAGACUAUGUCUCAGUGUCGUCUUCUGAGACCCCUGGUGCCAAACACCGAAUACUGCAUCAAAGUCCAAGUGUUCAUACAUUAUUAUGACAUCAAGGGGCAGGACAGUAACGCCACGUGUGAGAUGAGUUCUGUCACAGCUGCUGUAGAUGCCGAGCACAAGUGGUCUGGGAAGCUGGUGGGGAGUUUGCUGGCGGUGUCCGUGGCUCUACCCCUGCUGCUGCUGCUCCUCUGGUCCUCUUUCAAAGGGAGACGCUUCCUCAACCCCAAAGAGCCUCUGCCGGAACGUUUCAAACAGCACCUGUGUGACUGUCCCGCUGCCCCGCCGCCCCCGUUGGAGAAGUUUGACCUGGUCUGUGGACUCUGUGAAGAACCUCGCUACCGCGCACUGACCGACCCCCGAGGGUCCGAGGAGAGCCCAGCUGUGGAGGACUACGGCGCUUCCCAGGAGAUGUCAGGAUACUACAAUAUCAUAGAACGACUCGUUUUCGAAGGGCCUUAUCAAAAUACCACCAUAGACAUUUAGUCAUGAGUCAAGUCAGAUGAAAGGAAGGGAUAUGUCGUCAGCGGUCUUUAAUUGUUAAUAUCUGACACCAACUGCUUGAACCUUAUUCAUUUGACAUUUAGAGUUUUGAUUUUGGCAUUUGUAUGUUGUUACUGUUUCAUGAUUUAUAUUUCUUCCAUAUUUGGCCUGAACUGGUUUUGGUUUAAAGGAUCAUGGUAAUUGUUUGAUUCAGUGAGCGGCUCUAAUAUCUUCAUGUUUACAGAUAAUACAACAACCACAGCAAAACAUGAAUAAAGUUCUUCUUAAAAAACCUUCA